GAGUUUCGUUGUGAUCGUUGUACUAAGUCAAAACUCCAUACAAAAACCAGUGUUACUUUUGUGGGUGAACACCUCCAGAGGUAUCAUAAUUUUCUUCAGCUAUGACAUCAACUAAAAUGCUAACACGCAGAGACUCCUAUAAACAGACGGACGCCAAGUUUGCGUUGUUGGGGGCAAGGAACGUGGGCAAAUCUGCAAUUGCAGUAAGAUUCCUCACGAAACGUUUUAUCGGCGAGUAUGACUCAUCCCAGGACUCUACGUAUCAGUUCAAUUCGACUAUUGACGAAGAGCAGGUUAACUUGGAGAUUAUAGACCCAGGUCCAGAGUCAAGAAACGAACAAACUGUGGGAAGUCGAGCGAUCUGGGCCGACGGUUUGAUCCUCGUCUACUCAAUAACCGAUCGGAAAAGCUUCGAGGAAAUACAACACCUCCAUAAUCUCAUUGAUCCUUUUAAGCAGAAAACGGUCGUCAUCAUCUUCGGCAAUAAAUCGGAUCUCGAACACAAACGACAAGUACCCGAAAAAGAAGCCGCCUCACUUGCAGAAAAAUUACAAUGCUCGUUCUUUGAAGGUUCGGCAUCUGAAGGACAUACGAAGAUCUCUGAGGCAUUUCACGAGCUCUACAAGGAGGUCGCCAAGAGGAAAAAAGAAAGAAAGGUGUCUCUUUCACCUCGCCCCUUAAGAAAUGCUCUUGGAAAAGUUUUCCGAAGAAACAGCAGUAAAAACUUGCUACUGUCUCCUUCAGGUGCACUCAUUACAUAGCAACAUCUCAAUUUGACCUUUAACCUCCCAGGAUCUGUUUUGUAAUUCGCCCUUACAAUUGCCAGACUUAUUUACAAAUCAAUAAAGGAGGUAAGAUUUUAAAGAAA